AUGGCUUCGGAGGGCGGCUUGAGCUUGGUGGGUGCGAUUCUGCUGAAGCUCUUGGUGCAUGAGCAAAAGUUCUACCUGCCCAAGGAGGAGGGCGGUGGUGGGUCCGACUCCGCUGUGGCGCAUGUAGCUCAGCGGAAAGGGAACGAGGAGACGAGCCACGGCAAAGAUGAGAGCCGGGGCAAGGGGCUCAAGUGCUACAAUUGCGAAGGGAGCGGCUCGUUUGAGCUGCGGUGCGUGACACCGACUAGAGAGUGUCUGAUGACUCCGAAGAACGUGAUGUACGUCUCAAGGGUUGCGGCAAACCUGAUCUCGGUAAGCAAGGCAAGCAAGGUCGCAUGUGUGCUGUUCAAGAAGAACGGCAAGUGUGAGCUUGAGGUUGACGGAGAGGUAGUCCUUGUAGCUCGGAAAGUGAAGGGGAUCUACGUAGUCGACCGGGCAGUGAACGCACCAUCUGCAAAAGUGGUUCAAAUGGGGGCACUUUCGGAAAUGGAGCAAAAGGGCGCGGCACCGAAGGAAGACAAAGUGCUUCGGGAGAGCGACGAGAGGAUCAUGAUCUCCCGAGACGUCAUUUUUGACAAGGGCGAGGGGAACAACGGGGUUGUCGAGCUGAGCUCCGGUCCGACGGAAGGUUUUCUAGAGGAGGCGCAGAGGCGCGCGACCGCGCUUUGCCGGCGCCCACACACGCAUGCGUCCGCAACCGAACGCGGCCGCGUUGCAUGCACAAUUUUCAAGACCGACCAAAGUGGGCAAGUUUCGGAAACGGUGCAAAAGACCACAACAGAGCCGAGAGAGAUUGCGGAUGACAUAGGGAUGCCAACACCGGCUUCUCAGAGGUACUCCGUGCGUGAGAGACACGCGCCUCGAGGGUGGUACUGCGCCAAUUUCGCGGUAGACACUAAAGCGGGGGAGCACCCCAAAGAAACGGAGGAGCAACCGGCCACAGUUAUCAAGAAGCCGUAG